GAUGAAACGUCUCCUAGACAACUCAGAGAAGUCCAGCUGACUUUGUUUUUAACUUUAUUUACUGGAUAAACCAUAACCUGGAAGACUGAGAACUUUUUUUUAGAGUUUUUACAAGUGGAAACACACUUGAACGUUGCGGGCUUUGAACGCACCUUUAAUCAUAUCAAUUUUGUGGAAACAGCGUCGGAGAAUUAAGAUUAAAACACGAAUAAAACCUUGCAAAACGACAAAAAAUGAGCUAAACCUGAGGAGGUGGCUCUGAUGAACGGUCUGACUGUUAAUUUACACCUUCUGAUGCUUUCUUUCUACAAACCAACUGCAGCUCGACACAAAAUCCUCCUGGAGCACAAGGCCUUUCCUUCAGAUCACUACGCUGUAGAGUCUCAGAUCCUCCUGCGGGGAUUCGACCCUCAGCAGAGCAUGUUGAUGCUCUCACCCAGACCGGGGGAGGAGACUCUGAGGACGGAGGACAUCCUGGACGUGAUCCAGAAGGAGGGAGACUCCAUCGCCGUGGUGAUGUUCAGCGGCGUCCAGUAUUACACCGGUCAGCUGUUCGACAUGGCCGCCAUCGCUGAGGCCGGCCACAGGAAGGGAUGCUUCGUGGGCUUCGACUGCGCCCACGCUGCAGGAAACGCCGAGCUGAAGCUGCACGACUGGGGCGUCGACUUCGCCUGCUGGUGCUCCUACAAGUAUAUAAACUCGGGGGCUGGUGGUAUUGCUGCAGCAUUUGUCCAUGAGAAGCAUAAACACAGCAUCAAACCAGCGCUGGUGGGAUGGUGGGGGCACGACCUGAGAACUCGUUUCCAGAUGAGUAACGGUAAAAGCUGCUCCCUCGCUGCACGCUGCCACCUCCUGGUCUCACCGGGUACGACACCAGGAUCCGUCCUCAUGUCUUUGCUGCUGGUCUGCCCCCUGCAGGCCAGUUUGGAGGUACUGCAGUAG